UCCGUCUUACCAACAAAGAAACAGUGUACAAGAUAUCAUAACAAGACACCUGGAUACUAAACUAAUUAAAUCUACAGAACUACUGUUCUGUGUCUGCACUUUUAAUACUUACAUUCUUUAAAACUAAGCAUAAUACGAUAAUAUAUUUUCCCAUCACAGUACCUACCGCUGAUUUAGACACAAAAUCAUUAAUAUCAAUGAAGCUUUGCUGUAAAACGGGAAAGCAUGAUUGUCUGUGAAGACAGCGUGAAGUUAUGAGCAAAGUCGAAGGCUACGCCUUGGUUUAGUGGCUAUUUAAGGAGGUUAACUUCCUGUUGUACAUGGCUUUAAAAUUACCCAACAUUUAGCAGUUAAUUUACAGCCAGGUCUCUGUGUGUCCAGUGUCUUCUGCCAAUGCCUUUCAAGACGGAGCAGCUUUCAAACGAUGAUGAGUGACAAACAGAGACUCAAUCUGAAGAGGGAAGUGGGGAUUAUAGGAGCUGUGUCAUUCAUUGCUGGAACCAUGAUAGGAUCCGGGAUUUUCAUAUCCCCCCAGUUUGUGCUGUUGGCCAUCGGCAGCCCCGGGGCCAGCUUUGUUAUAUGGACUUUCUGUGGGUUGAUAGCCAUGCUUGGGGGUCUCUGCUAUGCUGAACUGGGCACAGUCAUACCAGAGUCUGGAGCGGAAUAUAUCUACAUGCUGCGGACAGCAGGGAAAGUGGUCGCCUUUAUGUUUGUCCUCAGCUUCAUUAUUGUCAUGAGGCCUGCCAGUGCCACAGGAAUUGCCCUGGGUUUUGCGGAAUAUGUCGUGGCCCCCUUUUACAGCGGAUGCACCCCUCCACAACUCGUGGUGAAGUGCGUGGCUGCAGGAGUUAUCAUGGUGCUGGCCAUAGUCAACUGUCUGAGCGUCCGCUUGGCCACCACCAUCCAGGUGGUUUCCAUGGUAGUCAAACUGCUGGCACUGGCCGUGAUCAUAUUGGGAGGUGUUGUGAUGCUUUUCCAGGGACACACUGAGAACUUUGAGAACUCCUUUCAGGGAACAAAUGUUGAUGUCAGCUCCAUUGGCAUUGCUUUCUAUCAGGGCUUGUGGUCUUAUGAUGGUUGGAACACUUUGAAUUUUCUAACUGAGGAGCUGAAACAUCCAGAAGUGAAUCUUCCUAGGGCUGUUGUGAUAGCCAUUUCUCUGGUGACUGGCUUAUAUCUGCUGGUGAAUGUGAGCUACCUAACGGUAAUGACGCCGAGAGAGCUCAUGUCCUCCAACGCAGUAGCAGUAACAUGGGGGAAUAAGGUGUUAGGAAGCUGGGGCUGGAUCAUGUCUGUGGCCGCAGCGUUGUCUGCGUUCGGUUCACUGAAUGGGACGUUCUUCAGUGGUGGCCGCGUGUGCUUCGUUGCGGCCAGGGAGGGACACAUGCCAGACAUUCUGGCCAUGGCUCACAUCCACAGACUGACUCCGUCUCCGGCCCUGAUCUUCACCACCGUAAUCUCUCUUCUGGUGCUGAUCCCCGGAGACUUCCAGAGCAUUGUCAACUACUUCAGUUUCACUGCCUGGUUUUUCUAUGCCAUCACCAUGUCUGGACUGCUCUAUCUCAAGAUUAAGAAGCCGGAGCUCCCCAGGCCGUACAAGGUUCCCAUCAUACUCCCCAUACUGGUCAUCAUUGUGGCAGUAUUCCUUGUGCUGGCACCCAUCAUAGACGAUCCUCAGAUUGAAUACCUCUAUGUGACUUUAUUUAUCUUCAGUGGAGCUAUAGUCUACAUACCCUUCAUCCAUUAUAAGCUCUGCCCAGGGCUUUUGACCAAGUUAACAGUGUUCCUGCAGCUGUUCUUGGAGGUCGCACCAGCAGAGAAGAACCUGUGAUUUGGGCAGAACGAAUGAAACAUUGCAGUUUACAUUCGAUACAAACCUAGUGUUGCCUCCCGUUUCUCAUUGACAAAUUGGGCAAUCUGAUAUGUAUAUUUGCAGAUGUUCCUAGUCAAUUUAAAGAGCACAUGAAAAGAAAUAUCAUUGUGAAAUAAAUCCGUUUUCAAAAUGUCAA